CUUGAGUCAAGUCAAGCUAUUGUUUACCGAAAAAACUGGCGAAAUAGAUAAGUUCUAAGUUCUCGUGCUUUGCAUUUGAAGUGAUUACAUUACAAACAAAGUCUAGAGAUCUAGUCUACAGAAAAUGAGUGGUGGGGUCUACGGAGGAGAUGAAGUUGGUGCUGUGGUUUUCGACAUUGGUUCUUACUCAUUCCGAGCUGGCUUUGCUGGAGAAGAUACACCAAAAGCAGAAAUUCCAACUCAUGUUGGUGUUCUUGAUGAUAUUGAGGCUUCCAUGGAUGUAGAAAAUGGAGGUGAUAGCAAUGUGACACCUAAACGAUACUUGAUAGACACAGUGAACAUGAAACAUCCUGUGAAAGACAUGGAACUGACCACAUUUCUCAAAGAUGGCAUGAUUGAAAACUGGGACAUAUUUGAGAAAGUCAUGGAUUAUGUUUACAGUAAAAAUAUCAAAUCUGAAUCCAAUCUCCACCCUGUUCUUAUGUCUGAAGCCGCUUGGGUGACCAAAGCCAAAAGAGAACAGCUGACAGAAAUUAUGUUUGAGAAGUACAAUGUCCCAGCUUUCUUCCUGUGUAAAAACCCUGUCCUGUCAGCAUUUGCCAAUGGCAGGUCCACAGCCCUAAUAGUAGACAGCGGAGCAACACAGACAUCAGCAGUACCAGUGUAUGAUGGUUAUGUCAUCAGCCAGUAUAUUGUCAAAUCUCCUCUUGCUGGUGACUUUGUGACAGCAGAAUGUAAGAAAUUGAUGGAAGAAUUGGACAUAGAAAUAGUUCCACCAUAUAUGAUUGCCAGCAAGGAAAUUGUAGCCGAUGCUCAGCCAGCCAAAUGGAAGAAAAAAGAAAAUCUUAAUGUGACCAAAUCUUUCCACAACUACAUGGUCAAGGAUGUUCUUCAGGAUUUUGCUGCUACAAUAGUUCAAGUUUCAGAUUCACCUUAUGAACAGAGCCAAGCAGACUCCAUGCCAACCGUCCAUUAUGAUUUUCCUCAUGGCUACAAUCAAGAUUUUGGUAGUGAGAGGUUUAAAGUGUGUGAAGGACUAUUUGAUCCAUCAUUUAUCAAGGAAUCAGGAGGCAAUUCAAUGCUUGGUGUUGGCCAUGUUGUGACAUCUAGUGUAGGAAUGUGUGACAUUGACAUCAGACCAAGCUUGUACAGCAGUGUUAUUUGUGUUGGGGGCAAUACUCUUUUGCAAGGUUUUACUGAUAGACUCAACAGAGAUUUAAGCACUAAGACGCCACCGAGUAUGAGGCUAAAGGUCAUUGCGGCAUCAAGUUCUUCAGAACGAAGGUUCAGUAGUUGGAUUGGAGGAUCAAUAUUGGCAUCUUUGGGAGCAUUUCAACAAAUGUGGGUGUCCAAACAAGAGUACGAGGAAGGAGGGAAACAGAUAGUUGAAAGGAAGUGCCCAUAAACAGGCUUUUUUUUUUGUAAUUCUUGUAUUGGUAUUGUCAUAACUAAGAAAUGUAAUGAAUAAAUUUCAAUUUCUAAGAAAAUACAAAAUCGUUGAGAUUUGUUGAUCAAGAAUAUUGUUUUUAUUUGUGUUUUUUUUAUACUUUGAUCCCAAACUGUUUCAAUUCUCUAACAUGAUGGCACACACACACAGAUGUCCAAACACACAAAUACAACAUUGGGAAGGUAGGGAGUGUGGAGAUUGUUUUCAACUAGAUCUCUCCCAUUCAAACAAAAAAUGCCGAAAGUUCAAGAGGAGUGAACAAAAUACAAACUGGAGAGUGCAAUCAACUAGAGAAUAAAUAUAUCUAGUUGAGUGAAAGAUGGUACACUGCACUACACUGACACAAAAAAUAAAAUGUUACACUAUCACUACACAAAGAAAAGAAAUUGAUUUAGAAAUGGAACAAAAAAAUAUAUUCAGUUCAUUAUAAAACAAAAAAAUACAAGACCAAACAGAACAUCUAAUUUAAAAAAAAAAUGAUUCACCCAAGUCUGAUUACAUAAAUACUGCAUUAGUUUACUAGUAGACAUUUUGCUAACCAGUUCAGGAUAAGAUAGCACUCCUAUCAUUUCUAGAGUUCUCAAGAAGAAACAAUUUUUGACUGAAGGAUAUGAAGUCUUUAAAACAGACUUGACUUUAAACUCAGUUUUGACUCUUUACAUAUUGAUUUACAGCAGCUUUGUAUGUGGCUGUAGACUGACUAGAUCAGGGAAUCAAAAGAAUGUGUUUUCUGGUACAUGACUUCCUUACUGUUAACAUCAAAGCUUAAGGCCCCUGGUUUCAAACCAAUGUAGUUGAAUACAAUAGUAAACAAGUUCACCUCAACCAAGAAAUGUCUAAUGACAAAAUAGUGAUAGUUUUGUUCUGUGAAUAAAAAAAAAUACCAUCAGAAACCAAGUGAUGGGGAAAGGGGGGAGAAACAAUGACUACUAUUAGAGUAAUGUUAAUUUAUUUAUACAUAAUAACUGCCAACAACACAGAUAUAUUUAGAAUAUUGAUAUAUAUAUAUAAUUAUAGCAAAUGCACGAAAAAAAAUUGCAAAAGAAAAACCAAUGGACUACAAUUACAUGGUUUUUAAAGAAAAUCCAUUCCAAAAAGUGUUGUAUCUUUCUUACAAAUAGUCUAAGAGAUGAGCAUAAUGAGGAGUCUUUAAGGAUGACAGUAAUAUGGUUAUUGCCAAUUUGCAUGCACAUCAAAAACAUAUUCCAUACAUCUGAGUAGACAUUAUCAAUCAACUGUCAGGAUAUAUAUAUAUAUUGUACAGAGGGAUUCAAUAAAGGCUAUAAAGAACAACUUGUAUAUUGGCAUGGAUCACAAUUAUCACUGUUAAUGCAAAGCAAACUCUAGUUCUGUUAUAUAUGUUUAUUAUUAAAUUCUUUUUUAAAAAAAAAGACAAGUCUGGUUAAAUAUAAUUUGUAACUGU